AACGUGUUCCCGUUCGUUUCGGUGAGCGAAAGUGGCCAAUCCCCAUCAUCGUCACCAUCAGUUGCGCGCCAUCGGCUCGCGGCAGAGCCCGAGGCAGAAGAAGAAGAAGAAACGAGCCGGACGGCGACACCAUGUCGACCUUGGACAUGCUGGGGAUCCUUGCCAUCAUCGCGUACUACGUCGCCAUCGCCUACGUAGGCUUCCGUAUGACGACCGUUGAGUACGACGAGGACGACUCGGAGAACCAGCAGCCUGGGCAAACCGCGGCGGCAAAACCGGAAGACAAGAGCGGGGAGGACCUGCUGCGCCUGUUUCUCGCCAACCGGGGCCUGCCGCUCUCGCUGGGCUUCAUUUCCAUGACCGCGACCUGGGUUGGAGCUGGAUACAUUAACGGAACCGCCGAAGCUGUGUACAACUACGGCCUCGUCUGGUGCCAGGCUCCACUCGGCUACGCGCUCAGCCUGGUCAUCGGUGGACUGUUCUUCGCGGGCAGAAUGCAUGCAACCAAGGCGUUUACAAUGCUGGACCCGUUCCAGCAGCACUACGGCUGCUGGAUUGGCCUCUUGCUCUGCGUGCCAGCGGUCUCUGGCGAAGUCUUCUGGACAGCCUCCAACCUGUCGGCGUUGGGCGAGACCGUGGGCACCCUUACGCACCUUAACAUCACCAUGAUCAUAGUUGUGUCCACCAGCGUAAUCCUGUUAUACACGUCGAGGGGCGGUCUCGCCUCUGUGAUGUACACGGACGUCUUCCAGCUGUGCAGCACCAUCAUAGGCCUAUGGUGCUGUGUGCCCUUCAUCGCGACCAACCAGGCCAUAGCGAAGAUAAGCGAAGUACAAAAAGAGUGGGUCGGCGUAAUCAAAAACCAAGAUGUGAGUCAGAUCUUGGAUCAGCUCUUCAUGACCAUCUUCGGCGGUAUACCCUGGCAGGUCUACUUCCAGCGGGUGUUGAGCUCCGAUUCCGCCUUCACCGCGAAAAUGCUCUCGUUCUUGUCCGCCUUGGGAUGCGUGUUCCUGUCUCUCCCGCCAGUCAUCGUUGGUGCAACUGGGAAGAGCGCUAACUUCACGGCGGUGGGCUACCCGGGUCCAUACAAUCUGAAAAGCGAUCACCGCAAGGACAUUAUGCCGUACGCCAUACGCUACCUGACGCCUGGCGUGAUCUCGAUCCUGGGCCAACUGGCCAUCACGGCGGCAGUAAUGUCGUCCGUCGACUCGUCCAUGCUGAGUGCUUCGUCGCUCAUAACGCGCAACGUCUACCAGCUUAUGUUUAGGCCCAUGGCAACCGAGGAUGAGCUGUGCAUUGCGCUUCGAUGCACCCUCUGGGUGGUCGGCCUGUUGGCGAUGACCAUGGCUCUCAACGUGCAGUCGGUGUUUGCGCUAUGGACGCUCUCUUCGGACCUUGUCUACGUGUUGCUCUUCCCUCAGUUCAUGGCGCUCUUUUUCAUGCCCAGCAAGAUCAACGCCUACGGUGCCGUCAUUGGCUUCAUGAUAGGUCUGAUGGCGCGGACCCUUUGCGGCGAGCCGCAAUUUGGCCUUCCGGUCAUGUUGACGCUGCCCCUGUACGACGCCGAGCGGGGUCAACAGUUUCCUUUCCGGACCUUCUGCAUGCUGCUAAGCCUGGCCAGCCUCCUCGGCAGCUCGCAGCUCGCCGCGUACCUGUUCCGCUCGGGGCACCUGGAGGCGCACCAGGACGUGUGGGGCUGCUUUGCGGAGGAGGCGUCGGCCGCAAUUCUGCGCAGCGGCCUCUCGACGAACGCGGCUUCCAGCGCCGGCGGUGGCGUGAGCGCAAUGCCCACACAAACCCAAACCGCUGGCAUCAAGUCACGCGGUCGGCAAGACGUCUCCGACAACGAAGGCACCGGAGAACAGCAGAAAGACCACAUCGUUCAGCCUUCGGGAAUGUCGCACGCGGUCGCCAAUGACAAGGAAAAAGCAACCGCGCACGCAGGAAAGGUUGCAGUGUCGUCGAAGGCGCCCGCUAUGCAGCACAGGCAUCAAAGCAAGCGUCCCGGUGCUGUGCCAGAGGGCGACACCAGUCAGGAGGAGCCGAGAAGCAAGCGCGCUCCGCAUCUGUCGACGGACGCAGAGUCGAAGGCGAGGUCGGCCGGCUUCGUCAGUGCCGAGCAAACGAAGGGUGUCGCUUCCAAGCGCAAGGACUCGGGUGCUACGGACGCCGAGCUGAAAGGAGCCAGGACGCGUAGCCGGCAGCCAAGCGUAAGCCUGCAGGGCGACGAGAAUAUAGGCACGGCGAAUGAGAAGUGCCCCGCUACUGCUGACGCAGAGUCGAAGAGCGGCGCACCGAUGAAGAGCCAGCGGCCAGCUGCUGCACACCAUGAGUCCGGGACCGGUGCCCCGGAAAGCAAGCGACAGAGCGAUGCGGAAUCGAAGGGCAGCAGUCAUAGCGUCAAGUUGACUACGAAGGCUGCAACCGGGCAGAAGACCCCUUCCAAGAAAACCAAAGAGCGGAAGGGCGAGACCGCCCCGGCGAAAGGUGAAAUCGCCCCGGCAAAGGGCGUGAGAGCGAAGAAGCCUAAGUAG